GUUGGAUUUGGAUCGUGUGUCUUUUCAAUCCACGGGGGCGACGGCGGCAUGGACCAGCUGACAAAUGCGCUGGCGUUCGCCAACUGCUCGCUCUCCAACGCAAAAGCGUAUGAGCUCGUCUUGGACGUCGGGUCGGCGCGGCAGUUGGAGCUCGCAUUGGUUGAAACACAGUACAGCGACGUCCUACUUGGUGUGAGUUUUUUUACCGUGUUUGGCAUUUGUCUCUGCUCGUUGUACGCGUUCUACCGCAGCCACAUCUUUCACUUGCACGUACGCGCGGAGAUUUCUCAACUUGCUGUAACGACUCGAGAGCGCAAGUCGUUGCCGCCAAGUCAAGGCACACUCAUGGGCCAUGCCAUGGACAAAUCGCCCACCGCUGGCCCAUGCACCAUCUCGUUUGCAUAUUUGUCAUACUUUGUCCAAGAAACAUCGAGGAAAGGCGCCCCUGAAAAACAAAUCAUGCACGACGCGUCGGGAACAUUUCACCCAGGGCGGCUCACCGCCAUUAUGGGGCCGUCCGGGUCGGGAAAGACCACGUUGCUCAAUCUGGUGAGUGGUCGCGUCUUCAGUGGGAGCUACCAUGGAUACCGCAUGCUCAACCACGAAUUGACGCCGCCAAAAGACUACGAUGUAUUCAUGUCGUCGCAAGGCUAUGUCGAGCAAACAGACACGUUUAUUGAGACGAUGACAGUGCGCGAGAGCUUGCUCUUUUCCGCUUACCUCCGUCUUCCCGACUCGAUGACGCUUCGGGAGAAAAUCUCCCGCGUCCAGACGAUCCUGCACGUCGUGCAGCUGGACGACGCAGCCAACACGGUCAUUGGAGGGCUCAUCAGCGGGAUCAAGGGCCUGUCUGGCGGUCAAAAACGUCGGCUUUCCAUUGCCACGGAGCUCCUUCGUCUUCCGUCAGUGCUCAUCCUCGACGAACCCACGAGUGGUUUGGACUCAACGUCGUCGCUUUUGCUUGUGCAAAUGCUGGCGUCGCUUGCGAUCCAGCAAGGGCUCACCGUUGUCUCGACCAUCCAUCAGCCCCGUGCUGAAAUCUAUGACCUGUUUCACGAUGUCGUGCUGAUGGACCGAGGCGGCUUCCUCAUCUACUGCGGGCCGUCCCUCGAAGCCAAGACACACUUGGCGGCCGUCGGAAACCUCGCGAUCAAGCCCGAGGACUACAUCAACCCCGCGGACUUUAUCAUUGACGCGCUCGGGCUGGACCCCGAAAAAGAAUGGACGAAAUCAGCAUCGAUGGUUCAAGUCGCGACGAGUGACUCGUCGCCGUUCUUGGACCACUGGAAGCAAAGUAAGUACUUUGCCGCGCUCAUGCAAGCCGUCGCGCGCUACACGGACGUCCCCGUCGGCCGAGUGUACAAGGUGCCAAAGCAGUCGUGGCUUCAUGUCCAGACAUGGACUUGUUUUGAGCGGCGGUACAGUCGCCUGUACGGGAAAAAGGUCGACUUGGUCUUCAAGAUUGGCCAGAUUGUAGCGGUAGCGAUCGUCAUCACGACCGCCUUUAGCUACACGCCGCUGAGCGAACUCACAAACGACCCGCGGCUUACUCCCACCGACAAGCAGAUCAUUCGUCAUUACGGGCUGCUGUACCAGAAUGUCAUGCUGCUCUUCACGAUCAGCGCGUACGGCCUCGUGACGGAAUACCUGAACAACGUCCCCGAGUACUUUGUCGAGCGUCCGUUGCUCCUGCUCGAGCGCAAGUCCAACGCGAUCAGCUACUACCCUUACGUAUACGCGGCCUUUCUCAUUGAGACGUUUGAAGGCGUGGUCAACUCGAUCGUCCUCAUGACGGUGGCGCUCGUCCUGCACAACUGGAACGGUCUCUCCGCGCGGUCCAUCUUAUCGCUCUACCUCAUUUUCAUCUUGAGUACGUUGGCAUGGCAGAGCAUCGUGUGCUUUGCAUGCUCCGUGAGCCACCGCACCCCCGUCGUGUACAGCGUCCUGUUCAUGGUGCUCGGGGUCGGCUUCCUCUUCUCGGGCGUGUGCGUCGGAUACAACGACAUGUCUCCGAUUUGGUACUGGAGCUACUUUGGGAUGGCGCCGGCGCUCAUGGCGCGGUCUCUCAUUGUCGCGAGCACGAGCUCCGAGUUGCAAGUGCAGAUGCUUGUGAGCAGCUCCAUGCUCAACAUGUCCUUGGACGCCAUGUUUGACGUCCUCGUCGCAUCGAUUGUGGGAUUUCGGUUGUUGGCGAUUGCGACGUUUUACGGCCGUGAAUACUUUGCCAAACAGAUCAAGUUCAAGUCGGUGGACUGGAUCGAAGCCCGGUUGCGCAGCUUUGUCUAGCUGCCGACGAUUUGUUGCGGCUUCAUACAUGCUGUACUUUUCG